AUGCCGGGCUUUGCGGACUCGUUCUGGACGCCCGACUAUGCCUCUGGCUUGGGUAUCCUGUACUCGAAGCUUCAGCAAGGCAUUGCCGAGAACCGACAGAUUCUGACGAUUGCGAGCCUGCGAGCUGACGCAGAAGAAAUUUAUAGCUCGAAGCUGGAUGACAUCAUUCCCGCUGUGGAUCGGAUAAAUACUGGCUUCUCGAGAGAUGAGGGUGCUAGUGUGAGGAAGGCCUACGAUGGAAUUCGCGGCGAAAUGAUCGAGGCAUCCAAAAACCACCAAAAGAUUUCAUCCAACAUUCGCGAACUCGUGGUCAAUCCUUUUAGUCGCUGGUGCGACCAGCAUGCGGCGCGAGUCCAGAGCUCGCACGACGAUCUACAAGCACGUAUUAAGGAUCACAUGAAACAAGCAGAGCUGGUGAAGAAGCUGCGGAGUCAAUACUUCAACAAGUGCCGUCUUGUCGAGGAUCUAGAGGAGGAAAACAAGUUUGCGUUCCAGAGCCUGGAAGCUCCUAGUCCCAAAGGAAAACCGCCAGCCCCGAAGAUUGUCUUGACCGACCCGCAGGAGUCAGAUGAGCCUGAAAUCUUUGACUUGGGGGACAAGUCCUACAGCGAAGAUGAAAUCAAGAAUAUCUUGUCCGACAUGCUCAAUACUAUCAAGAUUGGCGAAGUCAAAGUGCCAAUCCUCGGUACAUAUCAGAACACUUCGACGGGCGCCGAUAUAGUCGAUUACCUGCAGAAGAAAUUGGAAGCCUCUAGCAUCAGUUACGCUGAGCGAAUUGGUCAGGAUAUGGUGGACCUGGGAUUUUUGCGAUUGAUUGGAAACAUGGGAAACACUUUUGCCAACAGCAGUCGCAUGAAUUAUCAGUGGAGGUCAAAAGUUUUCCAACUCACUGGAAUGCCCGAAAACAAGAAGCCUUUACUUCGCAUGACCUCGCUCAUGUCCAAUGACGAAGCCACGUCAUCGCCGACAAUCUCAAGUGUUUCGGAAAUGCUCUCGGGCUGGAAUCCUCUGAACAACCCGUACCCAGAUGAGACCCCUGCCGAAAAGCUUCACCGUGAAGCUCGUGAGGCAGAUGAGCGCUAUAAGACUGCUGUUAUCAAGUUGGAUCAAAUACGAUGCAUCCUUGAAGAGGAGAUUGUUGAUCACUUGCGGUUCAUGGAGCGAUGCGAGCUUGAUCGUCUAAAAGCCAUCAAGUCUGUGGUGCUUGAUUUUUCCGGCGCCAUUAGCAACGUUAUUCCCGGCUUGCAGAGCACGGUUGACCACAUGAUGCUGUACCAAGAGACCAUCCAGCCGUUGGGAGAUUUGAGAUAUUUUCUUGAGAAUUACCGUACCGGAGGAUUUGCGCCAAAGGUACAGCCGUAUGAGAACUACUAUGGUUCCGUGGGAGAUCAAGUAUUUGGUGUCGACUUGGAGGCUAGGGCUAGAGCAGAUCGAAAGCGGGUCCCUGUCAUUGUGACCAAUAUUUUGACAUUCCUUGACAAUCACUACCCAGAUCUUGAAGGCGACGAUGCACGACGAGCCAUCUGGUUGCAUGAUGUUCCUCUUGCCGCCACCCACCAUCUCCGACAAGCCCUAAAUAACAGUGCCGGAGAUCCUCGUGCAAUUCUUGAAAAAUAUGAGAUACCCAUUGUUGCUAGCGUUCUAAAGUUAUACCUCCUUGAACUUCCAGAUUCCCUUGUUUCAUCGCAAGUUUACGAAAUCAUUAAAACCAUCUACUCUACUACGGCCAACGAAACUUCCGAAGAAGGUAGAAUCAAAGUGUUGCAAAGCACACUUGGCCAGCUCCGACUCAACAAUAUAGCCACGCUUGAUGCUCUCAUGACCCACUUCACACGGCUAAUCGACUUGACCUCCGCUGAUGAAACCUAUGUGGCCGCUCUUGCUCAGGCAUUAGCACCAUGCAUCCUGCGACCUCGCCUUGAGAACACCUUGACUCUCAAUGAGCGCCACAGCUAUCGACUAAUUCGCGACCUGUUCGAUCACAAGGACGCUAUCUUUGGCGAACUCAAGCGCCAGUCCAGUGCUAGCAGUACUCUAGGCGCUGGUGCAGGCGCUGCUCGACCACGCGCAAUCAGCACCGAUGAAAGCAACCGAAGAGCUGCCGUGGAGGCUCGAAACCGUGCUAUCGCUAGCCGUAGUCGAGCUACCAGUCCAGCUCCCGGUGCUCGGCACCGUCGUGAUCGGUCCACUGACGGAUCACAGGGAUCAGGUCGCUUCCCAAUCAAUGUCAGUAGUCCACAUGGACCAGAUCGCCGAAACCCUCGUCAGAGUCUCGAUGUUCCGUCCUCAAUUGAUUUACAGAUUGUCACGGAUUCCAGCAAAUUGGCCGAAGAAAACGCUACUCCUAACGGUUCAUCGGGAGAAGUCAGUGAAAAGGCCGCCCCAGAAGUCUCAGCUACUAUUACUGAUUUCAGUGAUCCUGCUCCUGUCCUUGCCGCUGAUGUUGACGCCGAAGAAGGACAGGCUACCAACGACAAUAAUGAAUCGGAAGGCUCACCCACACCCACUGCUAGUGUAGCAACCAUCGAGAAACGAGACUCACUUACUCGUGGCCGACACGUCCGUCGUGCAGGCGGUAGUCACCCCCCGGCCGAUCUUGCCAGCAAGCGGGCAAAUGCCGUUACUGAUGGGGAGUUGAAGGGCGUUACAUUGGAAGAUAAACCAAUGGACGACUUUGCCUGA